UGACAAACCAGAAGAGGUCUGAGUGCAGCAGUGAUGGACAAGUACCAAUAUUUAGCCCUUCGGUUUUCAACUGCUUUCAGCAGCUGACCGGCGAUGGUCAGCAGCUCUGACACACUGAGAAAUCCGAUGUGCUUCAGAAAGUGCAACACUCAAAGGGGCUCCACUCAAUCUCUCAGAAAGUGCCUGAAAUGUCCUGUCGUCCCACACGAGGAAACCACCGAAACCACCUUCCACGGAGCCGAAGCGAAGACGAUGCCACCGAACCGACCGGAGCGGAUGGACGACACGCGUGGCACGUUUGACGAACUGGCCAUGACCGUUGUUUGGUCCCUGGACUUGGCUCGACGAAGUCACGGUCUGGGAGUCACGCGGGGAGUCGAGGGGAGGGAGCCUCAUGGGGUCUGGUGCAUCAGGAGGCUUAGACUGGGCAGUUCAACAGUCCUCACCGGAUGAGCUGAAGGCCGCCUUAAAGGACCUACCUCCAGCAUGUCGUGGCAAGCUCCAAAGUGCACUUGCAGCUCUCCCAGCGAAGUGCUCCACCAGCGGUCACCUCUGCCAAAGGCCUUGAACCUGGUAAUUCUGCAGGCAAUGCGCAAAAGGAAACAGGCCCAACCUCUUGAUGGACCGUCAUGGCUCAUCCGACUCCAGAAGGUACAACCAGGUGCUGGGAAUUGACGAAUAGCCGGGCAGACCGGGAAGCUAUGUUGGAGACAAGGUCACGAACUCCUGAGAGGGCUUUUCUUCCUCUGGAACAACCGACGUCGCAUGACGUCGCCUACGGGAGGAUUUCAGCUGGCGCAUGCGUGGGCGGAAAUUACAGACUGUUGAGGGCCGUUUUGCCUUUGAUAUGAUGAUGCAGUCCGA